AUGGCAGACCAGGCUGACGAGAUUCUGGGCGCGUACAAGACAGCACUAGAGAAUGGUGUGUUCCUGGUGGGACAUCUGUUCAAUGCCGGACGGGGCCAUGGAGCCACCGACAGUGCGAAGCAUCCAGUCUGGAACAACGUCACGAAUUUUGUGAUCACCUCAAUGACGCUUGCUACUGACCUCACCCUGGAAGAGAAUCAACAGGCUCAACGUACUCUCACCAACGUGGUUGAUGAGACUUUCAGAAAGGCCUCGCCGCACGCAAUUUCCUACGUCAAUGAGGGCAAUCCAUUUCAACCCAAUUGGCAGGAUGCUUUCUGGGGACCUAAUUACGAAAGACUGGUGACAAUCCGCGAGAAGUGGGAUCCUAACAGGAUCUUUUAUUCUAUUGCCACUACUGGUACCGAGGACUGGGAGCAAAUUGAGGGGUUCACAAGACUGUGCAAGAAGCUUUGA